AGGGCUUCUGCACCGCUAUGAGAGGGGCCUACGGUCCACUGCUCGGGGCACGGGUUGUGCAAGGAACUACUGUGCAAACAAGUGUCCUCCAUCGCCUGUCUUUGAUCUGGCGAGGUAUCGAACCUUUCGUCUUCCUUGGAGCAGCUGUUGGUUUGGGUUGGGCAGCAUGGAAGUACUACGAUCGUAAAGCGGCUAUGCGCACCUACGGACGCCACCUGACCGGGAAGACAGUUGGACUGGUUGUCGGACGUGAUGAUGAGAUCGACCGUGUUAUUUCCAUCCUCUGCCGCAAGACCAAGAACUGUGCUGCGCUAGUAGGCCACGCGGGGGUUGGCAAGACAGCCAUUGCAGAGGGCCUCGCGCAGCGCAUCGCUACCGGCAAGGUACCCGCUGCGCUUGCCGGGGCACGUGUCGUGGAGAUCGACCUCGGGGCCAUGGUUGCCGGGACUGUGAUGCGCGGUAUGUUUGAGGAGCGAAUGAAGAGCGUGAUAAAGCAGGCGGAGAAUGCGUGCGGCAAGAUAAUUCUCUUCAUUGAUGAGAUGCACGUGCUUCCUCAUGCUGGUGAUAGCCACGGAAAUACAGAUGCUUCCAGCUUGUUGAAGCCGGCUUUAGCCCGUGGACGUAUCCGCUGUGUUGGUGCGACGACUUUUGAUGGUUAUCGCAAUUACAUUGAGAAGGAUCCUGCACUCGAGCGGCGAUUCCAGAAGGUGCACAUCGAGGAGCCAAGCGCGCAGGCGACAAUUGGCAUUCUGCGGGGGCUAAAGCAGCAGUACGAACAGCAUCAUGGCUUGGAAAUCCAAGAUGCUGCUCUUGUUGCUGCUGCGCAGCUUGCUGCCCGCUACAUUACUGGUCGUCAAUUUCCAGAUAAGGCAAUUGAUCUGAUUGAUGAGGCGUGCACUGCCACAAUAAAAAGGGCGAUCUCUGCAAAUUCAGUGAAGGGAGCAGCUGUUGUACCAAAUGAUGUUGCACAAGUUGUGAGCCAAUGGACUGGAAUUCCUGUCUGUACACUUGAGCAAGAAGAGAAGGAUAAGUUAAUCCACCUAGCAGACAGGCUGCACGAGCGAGUUGUUGGCCAGGAUGAAGCGGUAAAUUUGGUUGCAGAAACAGUGCUAUGUUCUAUGGCUGGCCUUGAUCAUCCCGGCCAACCCAUAGGAUCUUUCCUCUUCUUGGGCUCAACUGGUGUUGGAAAGACAGAGCUUGCAAAAGCUCUCGCCGAACAGCUAUUUGGCAGUGAGAAGAUGUUGGUUCGCUUUGACAUGUCUGAAUAUGUUGGCAGUGGAUCUAUUUCGCGCCUCAUUGGAGCACCCCCAAGCCAUGAUGGCUAUGAUGACGGUGGGCAACUGACUGAGAAAGUUAGGAAUCGCCCAUACAGUGUCAUCCUUUUUGAUGAGGUGGAGAAGGCAGAUCCCUCGGUGUUGAACAUUUUUAUUCAACUUCUUGAUGAUGGUGUGUUGACCGAUGGCAAAGGACGGACUGUAGAUUUCAAGAAUACCAUCAUCAUUAUGACCUCAAAUCUAGGAGCAGAGCACCUCAUGGCAGGAAUGGCUGGAGAAAUCACAAUGGAUGCUGCACGUGACCUUUUGAUGAAACAGGUUCAAAAACAUUUCAAACCUGAGUUCCUCAACAGGCUGAGUGAGAUUGUGGUAUUUGAGCCGCUCUUGCAUGACAAACUGAAGGAGAUUGUGAAAAUCCAAAUGAAGAGCGUCAUUGCCAGGGUGGCUGACAAGGGCAUCUCUCUUUUUGCAAGUGAUGCUGCGUUGGAUGUCAUUUUAUCGGAAUCAUACAACCCAAUGUAUGGUGCAAGGCCCAUAAGGAGAUGGUUGGAGAAGAAUGUGAUGACUGAGCUGUCCCAAAUGCUUGUGAGGGGUGAGACCAGUGAAGGCUCGACGAUCACCAUCGGUGCUACGGAUGACAAGAAUAAGCUCAAGUAUGAAGUAGCGAAGAAGGCCGAACUUUCCGGUGUCGUCUGCAACACUGACAACGGUGGUAUGGCGGCCAUGAAUCAGCUUUUGGGAAAUUUCCCCCAGAAUCAGCUUCCUCCAGAAUCAGCCGCCGAGUUCUUCUCUGAGAUUGUGGUAUGA